AUGAAGAACUCUCUGCUUGCAGCUAUCAUUUUAUUUGUAGCAGAUUCCUGUAACUAUUUAAGCUGGGAUUUUCCAUUUUGCAAGCAGCUUUCAGAUUGGGACAAUGAAUUGGCCUGUUACAAAGAACUAAGUGAGGAUCUAACCUGUACCUGGCUGCCGGCACCCAGUGCUCCAAAUAGUAUUAAUUACACCUUAUUUUUAAAAUGGGAGAGAAUCACAAAGCUUUUUAGAAGAAACACUUCAUCACCUUCCAUCACAAUAGAACGAAAAAAUCUCUUCAUGAACCGUUCUGCAUCUAUCUGGAUAGCAGUGAACUAUGCUCAUGCCAGCUGUGUGAAAGGAAAGAACAUUUCAGUUACACCAAGAAAAGCAGGGAAGUGUUUGACACCAUCUAACAUAAAAGCUCAUCAGAUCACAAAGCAAUUGGUCAUAAAAUGGAACUUACCUACAACUCCUACAGAAUACGAGUUGAGAUACAGAGAGGCACUGACAAAAGCCACUCAGUGGACAACGGUGCCCAUAGAAACCAAUGCUGUUAACAUCACUGUUUCAAAUGCUGCAUCUUCAUAUAUCAUUCAGCUCAGAUGUAUAACCAAGGAUGGUCUUCAUUGUGUUUGCAUUUGGAGUAAAGAGAUUUUGGUCCCUCACAAGCUCAUGAACAAGCCAAGAAUAUCAUAUAAUGCAACUACAGAAAUAUCAUCAGGCAGAAGAAGUGUUCUUCUUAAGUGGGAGGUAAUGCAAAGUGAGAACGCCAUUGGAUACUACAUUGAUGUUGAAAGAAUACCCAACAGUUGCUGGGAUUCACCAAAUCGCAUCAUUCUAAAGGACAGAAAGGUUCUUCUAAAUAUCUCUAUGGCUUACUAUAGGAUUCAUAUUUCUGCCUAUAACAAAGCUGGACAAUCUCCACAAACCAUCUACACUGUCCCAGAUUUCUCUGCAACAGAUUUGCCUGGCCAAAUUAAUGUUAAGCCUCACGGAACUAAUGUGGUUGUCACCUGGAAUCCAGAAUACAGUCCAAAAUGUUUUGUGGUUGACUGGGGCACUCGUAAAGAGGAUAUGCGCAUGAAAAUAGUAGCUACAGCUGCUGGAAAUUUCACGUUAGACAAUAUUAAUCCAUAUAAGUUGUACAAAAUCAUGGUGCAUGCAUCUGAUGUGUGUCAGUGUGAAAGUUUCAGAGGACAUGAAAAGACUUUCGGAGUAACCCACUUUUACUCAGUUGAAGGAGUUCCUAGGAUAGGACCCACUAAUAUAACAAUUCUAAAUAUCACAAAGCAUUCUGCAUUUGUGAAGUGGUCUCAAAUAUCUGCUGAAGACUGUAUGGGCUUUCUCCAGGGAUACAAAAUCAAAUACACAGAUUCAUCAAUGAAAAAGUUUCUGGCUGCUAGCAUCAACUCUUCUACUACAAGUUACCAUCUUACUGGACUUAAGGAAAAGACCAUCUACCGUGUAGAGAUUUCAGGAUUCACUAAAGCUGGAGAAGGAUCACCAUCUUUUUCACCACAAUUCAGUACUCUAAAAUAUGAAAAAGGAGAAUUUGAAGGUUUAAUGACUGGCCUUUGUUUCAGCAUGUUUGCUCUGGUUUUUGCACCUAUGACAUGUAUUCUGAUGCUUAAGAGGUUGAAAAUAUCAUGCUGGUCCAGUGUACCAAAUCCAAGAAAGAGCAGUGCAAUCCAAGAUAUGAGCAACUGGAAACCCAUUUCAAAAUCACUGCUUCAAACCCUGCCAGACAAUGAUACCACCAGCCUUUAUGUCAUAGAGCACGAGGAAAAGGCAUCUUUGAAGUUAGAGCACUUUACAGAUGGCAGAGAAGACAGCAAGCAUGACAUCAGAGAGUCAGAAGAACCUAGCAAUAAUAUAGGCAUAAAUAUAAUACAUAAAGAAAUCCCUGAAAAAACAGUUACAAAUGAAAAAGAUGGAAUAAUUUCCUUUACGGUACCCCUCUUGAGUGACUAUACCAGCAUGGAGUGCAGCCAGAAAGCUCUGAUGAGUCUGACAGUGAAGCUGCCUGCAAGACCUGCUCACCGUCACCUGGAAAUGGAACUAAGUAGUAAGCCAACACAAACUGAACAUCAAGUUUUGUUUGCUCCCCAGGACUACCUCAAACAAAGCCAGGUAGUAUUUUUGCCACCUAGACCAACUUCGGUGGGAAAAGUCGAUUUGAACUGAGGAAUCUUGAAAAAUUCAACUUUCAAAACCUCAGGUACAUGAAUGCAGGGCAUUAAGAGCAUAUAAGACAGUGACUUUGUGAUGAGAACUGUGCUCUAGUU